AUUAAAAUGUGGCAAAUCAUAAUAGUUAAUGUAUUUAGUGAUGUAUCAUGCUUUGAACUUUAGCAAUAAUUAUGGAUUUGGUGAUGUUUACUUAAUUAAUAUGCAUGAAGAAAAUACUCAUCCUAUCUCACUUCCUUUUUUUCAAAAUAAAAUAUAUUAAUAGGUCAAACUUUUUUUUUUCUUUUUCUCACAAAUAAGUCUAUACUUUUCAAACUAUCUCAUACAUCAAUAAUAAUAAUAUUAUUUUUCACAAUUGUCCUCAAAUCCAUCUCCCUAUAUAAAGUUCAUCUUCAUACAUCUUUCAACCAUACAACCACCUCCUUCUACUCUCAUUAACUUCACAUACAAAAUGAAGCAAAGUAUAAACAAACUUAUCCUUAUCUUGAUUCUAGAUCUAUUCCUAGCUUUCAAUGCAAUAUUAGCAUUUCAAGAAGUUGAUGACGAGCGCGAGUUCACUUACGUCAACGAUAGCUCAACAGGGCCGGAACAAUGGGGAGAUAUUAAAGAAGAAUGGGGGAAAUGUAAGAACGGAACCAUGCAAUCUCCGAUUGAUCUUUUGAAUGAAAGAGUUGAAAUGGUUUCUCAUCUUGGCCAAAUGAAGAGAAAUUACAAGCCGUCUAAUGCUACACUCAUUAAUAGAGGUCACGACAUGAUGUUAAAAUGGAUAGACGGUGCCGGAACCAUUGAAAUUAAUGGAAUUGAUUAUGAGCUAAAACAAUGCCAUUGGCAUUCGCCUUCCGAACAUAGUCUUAAUGGAAAGAAGUUUGAUCUCGAGGUUCACUUGGUUCAUGAAAGUAAGAGCGGUAUGGUUGCGGUUAUUGGUAUCAUGUAUAAAUUGGGACGUCCAGACAAUUUCUUAUCUCAGAUAAAUGAACACUUGGGAAAGCUUAUAGAUGCCCUAGAGGUAGAGAAAGUGGUGGGGAUGAUUGAUCCGAGAACAAUUAAAAUUGGAAGUCGAAAAUAUUAUCGUUACAAGGGUUCUCUUACUGUUCCUCCAUGUACUGAGGAUGUUAUUUGGACGAUUGUCAAUAAGGUGAGGACUGUGUCAAGAGAACAAGUAAAACUGUUGCGAGACGCGGUUCAUGACAAAUCGAAGAGAAAUUCAAGACCAAUACAGUCAACAAACCAGAGGAAAGUAGAACUUUACAGACCAGAUGAUCAAGAGCAAAAUUAAUCUAAUAUUUAUAUAUGUUUGUAUUAUAUCAUAAAAUUAAAUAAAUAACUGUUUUACAGUUAUUUAGAAAUAGUUUAUGUUGAUUUCUAUUUACUGUUAAUUUGUUUUUAGCAUAAAAUUCCUAUAUUGAAGGACACAUUGUAAUAGUUUGAUUCCAGUUCAAUAAUACAAAGAUUCAUUCUUU